AGUGUAAUAUUCCUCAUAGAGCUUUCACGAGUUUUCCAAAGAUGAUUUUGAAAAUUUUAUUAGUUCUUAUUCUUGGUUUAUUGGGAGAAACUUCUUCCAAAUAUAUUCCUGGUGGUGAAAAUGCGAUGAUGAAGGAAAGUAAUUUGGAUGGAUUUAUUGUUGGUGGUCAGGAUGCAGCUCUUGGACAAUUUCCUCAUACGGUUUCCAUAAGGAAUACUUCAAACGUCCAUUUCUGCGGUGGAUCCAUCAUUUCAGCUCGUUGGGUAAUUUCUGCAGCACACUGCACCAUGUUUCGUAAUCCUGAGGAUACAUGGAUGAUUGUUGGAGCACUAUAUUUGAACUCUGGUGGUGUUAAUGUCUUCACGGAUCGCAUACUAAAUCAUCCGGAUUUCUAUCCGGACGAACCUGGAGAUAUAUCGCUUCUACAGUCGAGGGAUGAGAUAAUCUUCUCAGCCACAGUCAGCCCCUUAAAUCUCGGACAAGCUCACAUUGAUGCAGGAGUUGUGGGAACAGUUGCUGGUUGGGGUAGAACAGGACCACAGGAUGACUUUCCCAACACCCUCCAGUGGAUACAUAAGAAUACAAUAAGCAACGAGGAGUGCUUCGAAAGAUUGCCCGGAGCUGAUGCAAACAUUCUUCAGGAUAAUAUGAUUUGUACGGUAAAUCAACCAGGUGAAGGGAUGUGUUCUGGUGAUUCAGGAUCAGCGCUUUUCUUCGGAAAUACAGCCAUUGGGAUUGUUUCCUGGGGUAUUUGGCCAUGUGGUGGUGGGCAUCCUGAUGUCUUUACGCGCAUUUCCACCUACUACACCUGGUUAGUGGAGCAAAUGAAUUCUUAGAGCUUAACAAAUUAAGGAAUUAUGAUUCUCUUCCUGUGGAAUUUUAAUUGAGCUUCUCAAGUAGACAAGACAGUCGCAAGAUAAGAUCCAGACCCCUUGUAAAUUAUGGGAAGAUAGUGGACAGGUGUCAUCAGCGCUAGUCUAUCAUAAACAAUUUGCGACUAAUAAAAUGUUACGUCUUUUAAGUUUAAAGGGCCUAUUUUAUUUCUUACACUUUUUUUAUUUUUUAACAUUUUUUUUAAAAAAUUUUUAGUUACUUUUUAAAUUCAGCUCGGUCUAUCCUUUACGAAGAUGAUUUUUCGUACAAAUCUAAGUAUUGGAAGUAAGUAAGUAGGUACCUCAAAUUAAUCACUAAAAUUCACUCCUAAGAUCCUAAAAAAAUCUUUUUAUUUAUAAUUUAAAAAUAUACAUGUGUAAGUAAUAAAAUAUCAACAUAAAACAGGAAAAAAGCAGAUUUUUUCAAUGGAAUUAAUUUGUUAAUUACUACACGUUGCGUAAAAUAAAUCUCUAAGGAGAAA